AUGGACACGGAGAUAUUCAUUGCAGUUGGGUGUCAGACUGGCAACGUGCUUGUCUUCAAUAUGAUCGGCCUGUUGCUGUAUAAGGUAGAGAUGGAUGCGCCUGUUGUUGCGCUCGAUUGGCUGGGCGACAUGAGCGCACCUUCAGCCCUGCCCCGCCGGAACCGCUCUUUGUCGACUUGUCUCGAGGAGGAAGCGGAGGACGACUCGGUGCUGAAGUCCAUAUUUGCCCACUACGAAACGUCCUCAAGCGGAGGGCUAGAGGAAGCGUCAGGCACAGUCAAGAGGAAAGCAGUUUCUCGAGAAAGGAGUCCUAUCCGCUUUGAUGGUGGAAGAGAUCUAUUUUCGCGGGAGCCAGAGACGUCGUGUCUUGGCCGCAGAAGAUCGGAUAUCUUGAACGGUCCGACCUCCCAUUUUGAAGCGGCUCUAGAGCCUGUCAGGAAAAGAUCGUUCCUGCGACCGAGGAUAGCAACGGAAACGUUCAAGGAUCCUGCUAAAUACUCCAUACCCCGUCGUCCUGUACCAACGGCACCGACGAGCCCCACUGCUGUUGCGGUUCAGGAAGUCCUUCGAAGAACAGACUCUCGGAAAGUAUUCGAUGUGUUCUUUUCCGAUGCAUUGCGAGUGUCGCGAUCCCGCUCACCGUCCCCUUCUUCAUCGGUAUACUCCCAAUCAUCCGACUCGGAAACAUGGAUGACACCACCUACGACACAGAAGCCAACGGGAAGGAGUAGUCCUGUUGAGUACAAGCACCCAAGUGCUAUUACACAGGCUGGGCCCUCGCGCUCAGCUAUCAAGGCCCAAGAUUCUUCUCCUGUAAGCCCGAACUUCUCUCGACCAUUGCCAGCUCCAUUGACGCAGAAUUACUCUUCAUCUCGCCCGCGUCGAGUUUCUUUCGUUGAUCGCAGCUUUUCAUGGGAGAAGGGCGAUGAGGACCGCAGAUUCGAGGAGCGGACAAGUAGCCCUGCUGAAAGAAGUCCCUUUCCAGCACUACCUGGCCAGCAAGAGAAGAGAGACUUUAGCUUCGAACUAGGAUUACAUGAUCAGGAACUAAGAUGCGAAGAAGUGUACGAUGAGAAGAAGCGGGGGCGCGUAAAGGACGAGCUUGGGAGCCCGGGAAAGCGCAAGAGGGAGAGCGGCCUGCUAGGAGUCAGGAGGAGCAGGGCUUCUAUCACAGGGGAGCAAGAGCUGAGACAAGAACAUCAGAGAUUACGACGGGAGAUGGCUUUGCUGAGGCAGGAGUUUUCAGCGCUGAGGCAAGCGCUAGUAGAGUCGCGGUCGCGGUCGCGGUGA